CGAGCAGCAUAAUAUUCAACCGAUGACAAGAGUAGCAGAGAAGAGAGGAGAAACACAAAUCACGUGAAUUUUCCAAUUGAAACGCACCAAACAGCAAAACACGCGCAUGCGUUGUUCUUGCUAGUGCGCGUGCGCGUAUCUGUCAAACAUGGAGAGAAAACGUCGAAAAGCCUCGUCAAAGGCGGCCCCCUCCGUGGUUGAAACGAAGGCAGAGCCCGGGAAAAAGCCGGCAAAGCUCGUUCUCAAGACUCCAGCUGCACUCAGCCCGCCAGCAGAGAAGAAACCUCGAGUAUCGAGUCUGUUGGACGAAUGCCUGUCUUCAGAGACGCCGGAAGAAGUUCUAGAGCAGCUGCUGUCUAUCGCAGGUCCAGACGUGAGGCAGUUGAGACUGGUGAGUGAGAGGAGUUUGGGGGUUCUGCGUGAGCUGUGGAGAAAGUGGAGGGGAGGGGAGACGUGUGCACGGUGAUUGUGAGGGUGUUUGUGGAGCUGGUGACGAGUGGAGGUGGGGAGUCUGGUGAGGAUGAGAGGGACUUUGCACUUCAGCUUGCCGAGCAUGAGUUGGACAGUGUCAAGGUGUCUGGGCUGGCAGCUGUAACAAAACUAUCGCAGAUGGACCCUUCCCUCAUACCCAACGCCCUAAAACUCGCCCAUAAGGUUGAAGUCUGACUAGUUCUCUGAUCGGGUUUUGAGCUGUGUGUGUUUGCCUGUAGGAAGUGUACUCUGUGCACCACGCGGUCCGCGUCGAAUGCCUCAAUCUGAUUGGUCAGUUGAGUCACGUGACCUCCGACUCUGAAAUCUCAUUGGUCACUCUGGAGGAGUACUGCGCAGACCCCGACCCCCGUGUUCGGGCCGUAUCUCUCCAAGGCUUGCUGGAGAAACAGAGAAGUGGGGUGGUACUUGGAAAGUCUGUAUACCAACAGGCAUGUGACUCCCUACUGGAUGAUGAUGAAGCUGUUAGAACGGUGGCUGUAAAGCUUAUAUCCGCCAUAGUUCACGAGACCCCAGAAACCACUGUGUCUCUACCCCCAAAACCGCACACUCCUGCGAGGGAGGCGAGGAUGUGUGACGAUGCGUUUGCCCGCGUGUGCGACCUCGUCAACGACGUGUCGAUGCCGGUGAGGGCUCUGGCGGCCGGCCUCCUGGGAGACUUCCAUUCCGUGAAUCCCCAGCUCCUGGAACAGACUCUGGACAAGAAACUCAUGUCUCAUUUGAAGGGUGUGAAGAGUGACCAUGAGCGUCAGAAGGAGAAGCAUGCAGCUGGGGGAGGAGCAUCUGGCUUCGACUCCGGGCGUACCUGGGGCUCGUCCGUUCCUAAGCUGGAUAUGGACGUGGAAGAUAGAAGCCUGAUGAGUGCGGGAGCGUGCGGAGCAUUUGUACACGGGCUGGAGGACGAGUACUUGGAGGUUCGCUCUGCGGCCGUCACCUCCAUGUGCCAGCUCGGAACCAACUCCCUGUCCUUCGCCGCUCAGUGUGUCGACUUUCUAGUUGACAUGUUCAACGAUGAAAUCCAAACAGUCCGACUCAGCGCCAUUAACAGUUUGAGGCAGGUGAGUGCCACGGUUCAACUCAGAGGAGACCAGAUGGAGACUGUUCUUGGAGUACUGGAGGAGACCUCGGCUGAGAUUCGAGAAGCGAUGCACUCGCUACUGUCGACGUGUCAAAUCACCACUGUCCCUGGACUGCGAACCACCGUCCACAACCUUCUGGACAAUCUCAAGAAGUAUUCCUCCGACAGAGAAUCCAUUUGGAGAUGUCUCCAGAAGCUAGGAGAUCACCACAGUCACCUGGUAUCGUGUCUGGUUCCCGAGCUACUCAAUUCUCAUCCCUUUCUCAUGGGCAAAGAGCCCGAUGUUGACGACCCAGCCUACGUGUGUAUACUGAUCCUGGUGUUGAAUGCAGCCGCCCUCUGCCCCACGAUCCCUCCCCUCCUCCCCAGUCACGUCUUCCGACACUACACUUACCUCAGAGACGCCCUCCCUCACCUCAUACCCCACAUUGCCGUUGGUGUGCCUUCCAACUCCGUGUCUAAGCUUGGACUACACACAGAUCAUGCCGUGGCUCAUGGAUUCAUGCAGCAGGUGUUCUGUCGGGCGCAGGCAACUCGUCCCCCCUCCUCCCCCUCCCUCCCCUCCCCCUGCUCGCUAGCUCACAGACACCAAGUCCUCGCCACCUGCGUCUCUGACCUGGUCCGCGUCGGGAAUCUGGACGACCAGUUGUCCGAUCGCGCAAACUGUGCGGCCACCUUUCUACAGUGUCAAUUACUAGGUGAAGAGAUUAGUCAGGCUCUCUCGGAAGACUUGCUUCUGUUGCCUAGCGACGGGAGAUUGGGCCCCGCCCACUCCGAGAAAUCAAUUAGAGAGCUGACUAUACUCUCGUAUCGAUUGGAGACACUGUGUCGGGGGCUGGGGGCGGAGCUAGUGGGCAGAGUCAAGAUAGCACGAUUGGCUGCAAAUGCGAUGCAGUUACUACUGGCAGUACAGCUGGACGUGGAUACCGAGAAGAGUAAGGAGUUCAUGGACAUGAAACUGAAAUUUCAACAGCGCCUAAACGCCCUAACAAGGUGUUUUGCUGGUGGAAAUCUCGCUCUCCCACAAGUCGUCAAGCCACUGGACGACAUAGACUAUGUCACCAUAGCAACUGACUCACUCGUGGAGAGCCUUCAGCCACUAAUUGCCGCUCCUCUUUAUCCCUCUCUGUGUCCGAGUGAUCUGGUAGCUGUUAGAAUGGCCAGAGCAACUAUUCAUGAGCCGCAGAACUUCUCCCAAGAUGAACACACCAGGUUCGUCUACAGUCUGGCUCUAUCAAUCCCGGUCCAGGCGACUCUCUACAACGUUGCCAGGCCGACAGAUGUUGCGGUGCAGCUGCGGUUCCCGGACGGACGCCGUCUCUUCUUCACCCCCAAACCCAGCGACAUUCGUAGCCUGGGUCUACACGAAGACAGACUCGAUACUUCCGUCGUUACUUCACACGGACUGUGGACAGAUCCUUGUCAGGUGGAGUUGUGUGUCGGAAUGCGGGUCCACACAGAUGUACCGGAGACCACACGAAUUUCACACACACCGGCCAACAAACACACCGUCUCCUCAAUCCCCCGUUCCAAUUCCAAUGGAGUCGGGUCCCACUCCGAGGACAGUAUGGACCCGGGACACUGCUUCCUGGCCAUCAGUGACGUCGUGAAGAUAAACAUUUUCCCCCAGGAGACUGCUUCGCGCUCUUUCAAUGUCUUUGGAGGUCCCUAGCUCUUAGUGGUCUGGAGAACUCAUUCUUUCAAGAUUAUUACCAUUACUAUCAACACAUUCUCAGCAAGCACAAUACGAGUGUCUUAUGUAAUUCGAUACACUAGGUGGGUACGCCCUCUUUGUGUUAUAUAUAUAUAUACCUAUUUUAAGAACACAGAAGUUGAUAUUGCUCAAGUAUAGGGAGUUUGUUAGUGCCAAGUAUGGUACCAUGCUGUGACCUGUCUCUUUAUAUUGUCUAUGAUUAGAUAGCAAAACGACUGGGGGUGUCCCCCGUCUACCUGUCGCCAAGGAAACACAACAUCCUCAUCCACCUAUUGCUUUAACAUCCAGUACCGUUGAGGCAAUAGAUAACUUGCUAGUAGACGGUUUCUUCACUACCGUUAACAGUGUCUUAUAGAGGAGUUUGCCCGUCGAAAGGUAGGGCUUCACCUCGUCCUCGUACUGAAACAGGUUUUGCGAGUUUGUCAAACUCGAUUUGCAACACGUAUAUACCUGGUUGACAGGACCGCCCAGCGUGAUGUGUGUGAAUACUUUGAAUAGAAACUCCGAGCGAUCCUUGGCACCGAAUACGUCGUAAUUCUCGCUAUCCUUUAUUAUCAAUUGACCUUUCUUAGUUCAUCUGAGACCAAGAAAUUGUCGUACAUUUCAUCGAAACACUUGACUAUGGCUCCAUUCUCUCGUACUAUUCCUGUGCGUAAUAUAAUAUAAUAUAGUCAAGGUUUGAGACGAACACACAAAGAUCAUUGUAAUAAUACCACUGCUCUUUAGUCUAUCGAAGAAGUUCAUUGAUAGAAGGGUACAUGGAACUUGGUCCACUUCAACUGAUGUCACUGCAGACGCUGCAAACAGUGGAUCUCUUAUGAUGGACACCCUGAAUGACACCUCUCUAUAAAGGCACUAUUAUAAUUUUUUUAAAAUGGGGAUCCUAUUUUCAUGUAGUACAUGCA